AUGUGCAAGCUCGUCCACAGUCGUGGCAUGGCCUAUGGGCCGCUGUGCGUGGGCUGCCCAUCUCGUCUCGUUCGGCUCCGACGGGAGAUUUUCAUCUUGAUUUGUAUUGUCCUAGCAGCUGCAGUGAGGCCGAGCGUAGGCGCGCGGUGCAGUGGUGCGGGGGCCCUUGGCUGUUUUCUUGCCAAAAAAGAAGCUCCAGCCCACCAUCGGGAGGCAUCAAACCGGAGAGCCUUUGCUCCAUGGCAAAACCAUCAGCCUAGUGCCGUAUUGAAGAUCGAGCUGCGGCUCUCGAAUCGCGAUUGCGACAUGAAGCAACGUCAUAUGCGCAAUCUUGCACAUGGCAUCGCCCUGCCUCCUAGCUGUCCAUGUAUCUACGUACUGGACCUAGAGUACAUUAACGCUGAUCUCCACCAAUGCCCGCUUGUUCCAUCCUCGACAACAACUGGGAACCGCUUCCGUAUGGAAAUGAAACCAACACCCGAUUCUCGCCCGCUCGAGGCCUCUGUCGUCGACCACAAUCACAACUAG